UAGUAGAAAAGCGUAGUUUAGUGCGUAGUAGGCUGGCAACCGCAUUUACAAUUUCUACCUCACAGUAAUUUUAUAGCGUUUCGCGUAGUCCGUCGUCAAUAAUUCGCUAAUAUUCGGGCGUGUUCACCGAUUACGAUCAAAUAACUGAAACAAAGUGCCCGCUUAGCGCCGCGGUGUUUAGUUUAUCGGCACGCGGUCGCCUUGCAGUGAGACGUGUUCGUGCCACCACACCCUCGGAGCGCGGUGUCGGUGAUAGUCGCCGAAGUGUUAUGUGGUCGGGCUAGCCGCAGUGUCGUGCAGUGUGCGUGCGGGGUGCAUUGAUGGGCUGCAGGGGCUGGCGCAGCGCGGCGGAGCGGCCGCUGCGGCGAGACCUCGUUUGCCGGAAGGACGCCUCAACUCGCCACACUGGAACUAAUGGAAUUAGAGAACAUCGUCGCCAACACAGUCUAUUUGAAGGCCAGAGAAGGUGGCUCCGAUAGCAACAAGGGCAAGAGCAAGAAGUGGCGCAAGAUCCUCCAGUUCCCUCACAUAUCACAAUGCUUAGAUAUAAAAACAAAAAUAGAUGUAGGUUACGACUACGUGGUCGACCAGCAGCCGAUCGGCAAGCUGCUGUUUCGGCAGUUCUGCGAGCGAACCAAGCCGGAGUACCACAAAUACAACAGCUUCUUAGAUGCGGCGGAGCGAUACAAUGUGGAGAUGGAGGAGACGCGGACGGCGGUGGCUGUCGACGUGUUCCGGCGUUACCUCACCGACGAGGACGGUGAGGCGGUCACCGACGUCGUCGACGAGCAGGCGGUCGACGACGCGAGCUCGUCGCUGGAAGCCGGCUCAAAAGACAUCUUCAGCUCGUGCAUACGAUGCGUGAAGAAUUUCCUCGCGGGCACGCCCUUCUCGGAGUUCGAGCGCUCCAUGUACUUCCACCGGUAUCUGCAAUGGAAAUGGUUGGAGGCCCAACCUGUGACGCAGCACACCUUCAGGAUGUACAGGGUCCUCGGGAAGGGAGGGUUUGGAGAGGUUUGCGCUUGUCAGGUGCGCGCAACAGGCAAGAUGUACGCGUGUAAGAAGCUGGAGAAGAAGCGCAUCAAGAAGAGAAAAGGAGAGGCGAUGGUGCUGAUAGAGAAGCAAAUACUCCAGAGAAUCAACUCCCGCUUCGUCGUUAACCUCGCCUACGCUUACGAGACGAAAGACGCGCUCUGUCUCGUUCUCACUAUUAUGAACGGAGGCGACCUGAAGUUCCACAUCUACAACAUGUGCGGCGCCGACACGGGGCUGGGACUCGAGCGAGCGCGCUUCUACGCCGCGCAGGUGGCAUGCGGGUUGGAGCACCUGCACAAGAUGGGCAUUGUUUACAGGGACUGCAAGCCGGAGAACAUCCUGCUGGACGACGCGGGCCACGUGCGCAUCUCGGACCUCGGGCUCGCCGUGGACGUGCCGGACGCCGGCGCCGUGCGCGGCCGCGUCGGCACCGUCGGCUACAUGGCACCCGAGGUGAUCGACAACGAGCGCUACACGUUUUCUCCCGACUGGUUUUCGUUCGGCUGCCUGUUGUACGAGAUGCUGGAGGGACGCGCGCCGUUCCGCGCCCGCAAGGAGAAGGUCAAGAGGGAGGAGGUCGACCGGCGGGUCAAGCACGAACAGGAGAAGUACUCGAGCAAGUUCAGCGAGUGCGCGCGCGCGCUGUGUGCCGCGCUGCUCGCCAAGACCCCCGCCGCCCGCCUCGGCUGCGGAGCCGGCCGGAGAGGCGCGGCGCAAGUCAAGCAGCACCGCUUCUUCAACUCCCUCAACUGGGCGCGGCUCGAGGCCGGCAUGGUGGACGCGCCCUUCGUGCCCGACCCGCACGCGGUGUACGCUAAAGACGUACUAGACAUCGAGCAGUUCUCGACCGUGAAGGGCGUAGCCCUGGACGCGGGCGACGACACCUUCUAUGGCAAGUUCAACACCGGCUCCGUCUCCAUGUCGUGGCAGACCGAGAUGAUCGAGACGGGCUGCUUCACCGAGCUGAACGUCUUCCAAGCGGGCGAGGAGCAGACGGAGGCGCCGACGCCGGACCUGCAGCUGACGGCGGUGGCGGCGCCGCCGCAGGACGACAAGGGCUGCUUCGGCUUCGCGAGAAGGGUACUGUGUCCUACCAAGAAAGUCCCGGCGCGGCUCCGCGUGGUGCCUGUUCCUGAGCACCUGCUGCAGCCCUCGUCUCCUGCACCUGCUGCACCUGCUGCACUUGCAGCACCCGCAGCACCCCUCGCGGCACUCCCGCAGGCUCAGAGCUGACGGACCGACACGGACCCUUAGCGCGGUGUUCGGUCCCAGUGCCGCCGGCAUCCACAGAAAAAUGAGGUUGACUAAAAGGACGUCACGAGAGUGAUUCAAACUACGGCUAUCACGGUUUACGUCUUUUCGUAUGAGGUGAGGGGACGGCGACUUAGAUGUUGAGUUUUAGAACUUUUUUAUCGGUGAGUCCGCUUCUAGAUCGAGAUGAAUACUUCUUUCGUGUUAGUUACCCGCCAAACACAAAUUGUAAAUCAAUGUGACCCAUAACUGCGAGUCCCUACUAGAUUUCGACCGCAACAUGGAAUAGGUAUUUUAUGACUUUAUGACUUGAUGGAGUAUUUUGACGACGUUUCGCGGAAGGAAAUGUAUAUAAUUUAUUUAUAAUCAAAUUAUUAAUCGGAAAUACGGUGGCCGAAUUUCCAACGCUCCCACAUUUUAAAUGAUAAGAAUAAAUGCAUUAUUGAUACAAUGAUCCUUGGGCGAUGUAAAUCAUGAAAAAAACGUCUACGAUUUAAUAAACAAUAAUUCCAAGAUGCGUUACCAUUGAAACGCGGCAGUUAUUUAUAUUCGACUAUCGAGCAGAUAGUCGAUUUUUCUAUCGAUUAUCAACCGUGUCGAGUGUCGAUGGACUUUCCCGAACACGCGCUUGACAAAAUUGUACAUACAUGUAUAAGAAGUUGAACGAUUGUGGCCAGUGUACGUAACGCAGAAGAUUAAGGUUGUAAGCGUUUUGUUCGGGAAUGUAGCUUUUUUGAAUUUUAUAUCGUGAAAUGUAUUAAACUUGUGACGAAAAUGUAAAUUUAAUCGAUUUUUAAGACAUUGAAAAACAAAAUUAACCUUAGAAACUUAUCUGAUAUGAUGCAUUUUGCAAUGUACCUGUCGGUUCCGCGUGUGUGACGACAUCAUGAACAAUUUAGUUAUUUGUAAGUAAAUGUUGAUAUUUGCAGUUUUCUCGACUGAUUUCUUGCUUCGUAUUAUUUCGGGACGAGUAUUAUGUGAACAAAACAUAUGUAUAAGUGGUAUUUAUGUAGUUAUUUUUUACGCAAAACUUUGUCGGUGUGAAGUUAGAUGGAACCAUUUUUUUUAUUAGUAACAAAUUUUGCUAAAAUAUUUCUUUACAUGCCAGAUACGGUAUACAAGAUGUAGUCUUCGCACAAAGUUUUUCUAAAAUAUGUUUUUAACAAAUAUUUUUGUAGCUUUUUAUGGCUGACUUCACACCAAUAAAGAAUGUACAGUGUCCAUGAAUUACAUAUUUGAUGUAUGUGGCAAACAAGGUGCUCAUAAAUAUUCGUGCUCAGAUGUUUAUUAGCACAUUGUUUUGUACAUACAUCGGAGACGUUCAAUCUUCAUGUAUAUUUGACGGCGACUGUACGUAUCCCGCGCUCGACUGUACUCCUUUUGUAUCGGAACGUCGGGUUGGUAUUGAAUUUAUAUUAUUUACAUGACUUUUGAAAUGUAUAUUUUUGUAGAGGACGAAUUUAUAUGUUUAGGCUUUUCGGACAUGUUUAUAUAGUGGCUUCCGGAGAAGGUUGGGUCAGGAGUUGAUGCACAACGGUGACACUUUACAAUAGACCGUACGGCAUUGUUAUAUAAGGUUCAAACUAAGACACUUAAUUGUCUUCAACAGCAAUGUUCCUUAUUAUUCUCUAGAAUGCAACAUAGUGAUGACAAGAUAUUGGAUAUUUUUAAAUUUUGACCGUUAGAAGUACCAUCGCCCACACUGUUAACCGUCCAUCGGUGGGCCCUAUGCCUUUUGUAUUAAGGUCCACCGAUGGACAGUUACGAGUGUUACUGUUUGUACAAGGAGUAGUCGUAUCCGACAAACUUGAACUUUAACCAUUAAUUUAUAAAGUUCAUAUUUCUGUCAUCAUUAAUUUGCAUGCUAUUGUCAAAGGAAUUGUACUUUAGAGGUUACAAAGUCUAGUGACGUCAUCGUCCGGGGUGUGACGUCAUUACACGAGAUUAACUCAGAGCAAUAAUUAUGAAACUAUAUAUAUUUGGGAGUUGUUACAAAAAUAAGUACCUUGUCACAGUAAUGUCACUUCGCGGUGUAAAUGUGUCAAAUUUAUAAAUUGACAGGGUACUAAUGUAAUCUGACAGGACAGAUAGAAACGUCUGAUAUAUGUUUGUAAAGUUAGUGUCAGAUGUUUCCUACGUCGUGUCAGAUGUUAUGGCGAGUGACUAAGGGGUUCGGUGUUUAUAAAUAUAAUAUAAUUAAAUUUAACUCUGUAUAGUUGUAUAAAUACAUGUAUCUAUUACUAUACGCGGCUGUGGGGUCGAGUAUUAUUCGAUUUGAAACGUAUACAUGUUAAUUUAUCGAUCCAAAACCGUAUAGGAAAAUACAAAAUAUCCUUCUUAAAUGAAAACAUAACGUAAUACAUUGUUUACACUUUAUUUGAGCAUUAUAAGAAAUUUAUGUUUACUAUCUAUGUAGAGUUGCGAAAAUGUAUUUUAACAAAACUUCGCCCUUUCGGGCUAUCCGGCCCGCGCCCACAGUCCCACGUAUUGCACAAACUUUUGGAAACCGUUUACUGCAUGAUAUUGAGGGCGCCACUGUCCUGCCGAGUAGAUAAGUAUUGAAUUUGGUGUGUGUUAUGUGUCAGGAGAACGAGCGGCGGCGGUCAAUUUGUAAUGUCUUCAAUAUUAAUUAUUAUCUUAUAAAAUAUUAGUAAAACUGGGCAUUCAAAGGAAAUAUUUGAUUAUCAAUAAAAAGAUAAAAUUGAUUAUUUACUCCGAUUACUGAUCAAUUGGUGUAAAAAAAAACCACGUUAAUAAUCGACAAUCAAGUAAACAGAUAAAAUAGUUUCUUGUAUUUUUUGCGUGUGAACUGUAAUAUUUGCGAUUGAGAAGUUUAUUAUUCGUAAAUACAUUUUCAUUAAUAAAAUCAAUGAAUGAUUUAAAAUAUUUAAAUUUUUUGUACCUAUGUGAAUUAUUAUUAUGCCGUCGUCGCUUCUAACUCACAAAAAUCGAAAAGUAUUGCCAUAGCGUAGGCCACCUAGCUACAGCAACCACUGGUGGGCGACUAUGGGUUUACUACAGGAAAACAUACAUAUGUAUAUCGUAAAACCAACGUUGAUAAAAUCCUUUUACAGAUACGAACCUAAGGCUGCAGAGAACAAUGUUUAUAAGAUGUCACAGCGAUACGAUACCGAUCUGUCGGUGUCAA